AUGGCUGAUCUCGAAUUCUCUGAAGAAGAUAUCGUUCAGCUGGCUCUCCUUCGUGAUGAAGAAACAGACGCCCUCAUCGACGCCAGCUUCCUGAACGACGACCACCGAUUAUCCUCACCGAUGGACGACGUACUCUGCUUUACGCACGAAGAGCUCAUACUUCAGGUCACAGCUGGUGUUCACUAUCCUGUCACGGCACCCUCCUUUGACCUCAUCAACCUCGCACUCUCGCGCAAGGACAUAGAUGGCCUCCGUGCUACCCUUCGCUGCGUGAUCGAGGAGGCGGCCGAGACAAAUUGCGUCGAGAAAUGGCUUGAUAGGGAAAAUAGCACGUACGGAAUCUUUGAGGCGACCAAGGUUGUCUUUAAGAUGGCCCAUGAGACGGAUGCCCUGGUGAGGGCGGUACGAAACCGAGCCAACCAAAAAGCCGACGAAAAGCAACGCAUACCUUCGGACCAAUUUCAGAAGAAGGCUGUCCAGGCGACUACUACCAACGAGAUCGCCUUGGAGUACCUGGGCAGGUCUGCUAGGGAGAUCUGCGAGACGAUUCCCUCGUGUUACCGAGUUCUUCACGCCGAGUGUGUCAUCCGGCGCGAUCUAGCUGCCCGCUUCGAUACUUGCCGAGCUCGGUUGCGCGAAAAGCUCCUCCGCCACCGCAAAAGCCUUCCGAAGUGCUGCGCGAAGCACACCCGUCUCGAGGAUAAGCUUGAGCAUUUCAUUCGUCCAUGCAUGACGUUUCACGGCACGCAGCGCCACUUCGUGCCCUCGAUCGUCCGCCAUGGCUUCCUCAAGCCGGGCUCGCGCGUGCCAAAGGGCGACAAAGGAGGAAACGAUGGAAAUCUGCACGAAGUUCGUUGUGGGUCCACCUACGGUCGCGGCAUCUACAGUUCGCCCAGCGCCGACUUUUCCUUGAGCUACACGGAUUCCUGGGCGCGGCCGACAUCGCCGACCGAGUACUUCGGCCUCAAGCUGAUUGUGUGCGCCACCAUCAUGGGUCGCGCGCGACAGAUGUUUCACGGGGACAACUGGCGCACGCAGUCGGAGCCAUACGAGGGUGCUGAUUCACACGUGGCGAACCGUGAGCUUGAAUACAUCGUAUUUGACCCAGCACAAAUCAUUCCCGUCUAUGUGCUGCACCUGGACUGGGGCGCUGACAACGCCGCGCACUUUCAGAAUUUGCCGAUGGACCCAUACCAGUGGAAGCCUAGGGUCUAUGCGACCAGUAACAGGAUCAACGUUAAUGAGGGUUUGGACUCUGCGUACGCAGGCGAGAGACAAAGAGCAAAGCAAGCGGUGUUGGCGAAGGCUUCAAAGUACUUCCCCUACGGGUAUGGACCAGCGACAGGCGGACGAUUUGUGAUCGAGGUCGGAGAGGUCUCGGAGGACGAGGAGAACUACGGUGAGUAUCAAAGCAUGAGAGGUACUGAGAAUGAAGACAAGACAGGCAUGUCUGAGACAAACUUCUGGGGAUGGGUGAAGGCGGCCGAAGAGGAUGAGGGCGGUAUACAUGCGACGGCGGACGAAUACACCGCACAGAGGAAAGGAUCUGGAUAUCGGCCGGAGAACUGGGACUCAAUCAAGAGAGCUGAGCGGGAGGUGGAAGAGGAAGACGAUGAUGGCGAUUUCAACCUAGAAUGGCUGUUACUAGGUCAGGUCUAG